AUGCAAGUCGAAAGAAGCCCACCAGCCGCAGGUGUUGUCAGGUUGACCGAGUGGGGCAGAAAUGACUACAUGAAGACUAUAAUCAUGACUGAUGAAUCUCAAGAUGCAACCUUUGCAUCAUUCUGGCACCGUUCUAUAGGUAGGAUCUCAUCCAAAAAGAUUAAAUUUAUGCCAAAUGUCACGAAACCAAAGACUACCAAAGAUGAUUAUGGCGAAAGAAAAUCAGCGACAGCUCAAAAACAACACAGAAGAUCUCAAGUUCGAAGAGCACAAAUAGAACAUCGACAACGGAAACAGGACUAUGUCAAGCAUCUAGAAGAAGAUUUAAUACGUCUUCGUGAAAUGAUUUCUGCAACAGAAAACGAAAGUUUGACCUUGGUGAAAGAAAAUGGGGCUAUAAAAUCGACUUUAUCAGCUUCAGGAGUGAAGCAACUUUCGAAUGUACGGUCGAAAAAUCAAAAAUUACCUGGAAACAAACCUACCAUUUUUCUACCCCCUCAGGAACAUGAUUCACUCAGUAAUCUUAUCAUUACUGAUUCAACACAAAAGAAGCACACUAUAAUACCUGUCAACUAUAAGACAGAAAAUGAUAGACUUUCCAGCUAUAUCAAUGAUAUGCUUAUUCCUCAAAACAAUAUUUCCGUCACAAACUACUCUUCCAACAGCCAAAAUGUCCCCUACUCCAGUCCACUUGGCCUACACUUCAGUGUUCAAUUCGACGAUUUUAUAAACGCUUCUUGUCUUCAAGUCAGCGAGUCAUCGAAUAGUUCUUCCAGUAGACCUGGGGCAAUUAAUUUGUCCAAACCUCUACCGCCACUUCCUGGUCAGGUUCCUGCACCUCACAACACCACCCGGAAACCAUCACUUGACCUGUCGAUUGUAGCGAUAAACUUCAUUCUUGCCCUCGAACACCCUUGCCGUACCCAUUUUCACCAUAUUUCAAAUCCCGCUCCCCUUUUUGACCCCACCGGUAACCCUUCCGGUCACGAACUCAUGGCCUCAGCUCAAAUCUUCUCUGAAGCACCAUCUGAAGCAUUUAAUGAUUCUAGUCCCGAAUCAUCAUGGUUUUCGUCAUCUAUUUCUUUAGCUCAGUUAUAUGCCAUGUCUCAAUCCCUACCUACUUCUGACUUUGAGAUUACUCCUGUUCAGGCAUGGUUUAUGAUAGCAGAGAAAUAUCAUAAUGAAAUUGAAAAUGUUGUUGAAGCGAGGAAGAUAAAUGAUAUGAAGAAAGGAUUGGGUAAUCUAUCACGAUGUUAUCAGUUUGGAGCCGUGAUGGAUGUUGAUAGCUUUUGGGAGGUCGUAGAUGAUAUUAUGGGGCAGGAUGGAAGUUAA